GAAAGUAGGCGUUUCUAACUGUUUCUAUUUUAUAGCCUGCUUUUUAGUUGCCAUUACGCUCAUUACUAGUUAAGUGACUAAUUUUUUUGGAACAUGAAUGCUAUAAGCUUAUCUGUUAUGUGUUGCUGUUUCAUUCCUUAGUAUUUUUUGAAAUCUUGGAGAUGAUUUCUUGCAGGAUAUUUUUAGUUGUAUUGCUUUCAUCAAUUUACAGUGUUAGUGACUCAUCAAAUGGAAAUCAUUAUGACAAUAUAAAUUUACCUAAGAAACAUUUGCCUUUCUUCUUUAGCAAUUUUCCUCAGGAAGCAGAAAAGUGUAAAAAGGACCCCAGUUGUCCUUUCAAGAAAUACUUAGGAAAGAAUAAAUGUUGGGGCUAUGAACCUAAUUGCAAACCAGAAAAUUCAUUUUCAAGACCGGCUUGUCCAGGUGAUCAUCAAGGGUGGGUUAGGUCAAAGUUUGAACAAGUUAAUACUUUCUACAAACAAGGAGAUUUUGGUUACAUUAAAGAACAACUGGAGGAACUCCAAACAAUUUGCAAGCCAACUGUUCAAGGCGAGUCAUCUUUAAAAUGUUCUCACCAUUUGCGAUUUUGUCGUGGUAGAAAUAUAUUAAUAAACUUCACAUCACUUGCAACACGUAAGGACAGAAUAAGAUAUAACAUGGAUGUUCUUUCAAUGGGAGAUAUAACUGGUUAUUGCAAGUUGGAUAGAGGCAAGCUUAAAAAUCAAUGUGACCAUAUUAGUCCAUUGCAAUCGUGGGGACCUGAAUUGCGUUUCUUUGAUGAAUCACCAUUUCCUAUACGUAGGGACCAAUGUGAUGUCUUUAUAGACACCCCAACGUAUAUAAUGAAAAUUGAUGCAACUGUCAAUCUCUAUCAUCAUUUUUGUGAUUUUUUCAACUUGUAUGCUUCACAGCAUGUCAAUAAUUCUCACCCUGAUGCCUUUUCUACUGAUAAGCACAUACUCAUUUGGGAAUCUUAUCCUUACAGGUCCAACUUCGGUGAAACAUGGAAGGCCUUUACUCGACAUCCGAUCUGGGAUUUGAAUACAUUUAGUGGUAAAACAGUCUGUUUCAAGAAUGUUGUGUUUCCCCUCCUUCCACGCAUGAUCUUUGGACUUUUCUACAACACACCAAUUAUAUGGGGCUGUGAAGGGAGUGGACUCUUUAAGGCGUUCUCGCAGCAUAUACUACACAGAUUGGGUAUAACAACGAAAGCAAGAGAAAGUGGAAAACUUACAAUUACAGUUCUAUCACGGGAGUCUUCUUACAGAAAUAUUCUGAAUGAGGACCAGCUUAUAGAAAGAUUGAAAGAGGACAAAAGAUUUAUUGUUCAAAGGGUAGUAUAUAAUAAAGGGCUGACUUUUGAGAAACAGGUUCAACUUACUCAUGACUCAGAUGUAUUUAUUGGGAUUCAUGGUGCUGGGCUAACCCACCUCCUCUUCCUACCAGAUUGGGCUGCUAUUUUUGAAUUAUAUAAUUGUGAAGAUGAAAACUGUUAUCACGAUCUAGCGAGACUUAGAGGAGUCAAAUAUAUCACUUGGGAGAAGAAAGAGUUAGUGUUUCCGCAGGAUGAGGGACAUCAUCCUGAUGGAGGGGCCCACGCUAAAUUCACCAACUACAGGUUUGAACCAGAAGAGUUCUAUCGGCUAGUCUGUGUUGCUGCAGAUCAUGUACUCUACCACCCAUCCUACAAAAAGUUGGCCAAACCUACUCAUGAGGAGCUAUGAUUAUUACCUUCAAAAUCUGUACCCUGAAUGUCUUUCCUUUUAGUUAAUCAGCUAUUAAUUAGAUCAUGAUUAUUGGUUUGUCUUCUCUCAUUUUCGGAGGUGAUUUUAUUUUAAAAACCUCAAAAUGUAAACUUAUUUACUUGUGUGAUACUUGGUUGCAUUUCUAUUUCAUUAAUAUUAUUGUUGAUUUUAUUUAAUUAAAUAUUAAUCGUAUUAUAGUAUUAAGAUGUUAGUAAGAAAGGAAUAAUACUUUCUAAUUAAUGAAAGGGAGAAAAAAGAGACAAAACUAUUAUUAGGUUAUAAUUGAAGUUUCCAAAUCCAGCCUUUAAGAUCCUCAAAUUGCAAUAAUUUACCAAAUACUUCUGAUUUCAUUCUACAAAAUGUAAGAUCAGAUUCAUCACAUUUCACAUUAACAGCCUAAAAGUGUUUAGUAACUGUUCUAAGAUGAUCUGUCUAAAUGAUUUAUCCUAGGCUAAAAAUGAAAGGUUAACUCAUUUUUGUAUCAGUUUCAGUAUAAUUAAAAAAAAAAAAAAAUGAUUGGUUUUGUGUUAUUUUGGAGCUAGAACUUUUUUCUCAUGAAAAUUUAUAAUUAAAGGUUUUACAGAUAGGUGUACUGUUAAAGAAUUCAUUCCACCGAAUAGUGAAUUUAAAACAUGCUGAUUGUAUUAUCUCUUGUCUGAGCCCAAUUAUUCUAUAUUCCUCAUUUAAUAAAAGUUAAACUUUUACAAAAAUUCUAAAACUUUAUCACAAAAAAUUGUUUGGAACUUUUAUUUAAAAACUUU